UUGAACUCUUGGCCUCAAGUGAUCCUUUCACUUCCGCCUCCCAAAAUGCUAGGAUUAUAGGCAUGAGCUACCAUGGCCAGAUAGAGCCUUUCUAUAUGAUUUCUGUCUGCUAUAGGCAGAAAUCUUUUGGUUGAAAGUGACAACAAACCUAGUUAAGAAAAAAGAGGGGCCUUUAUUGGCUCAGCAGCUGAAAGUGCAGGGAUCUUGCUCUCCUUUGUGUUAGCUUCAUUCUUGGGCAGGCCUCUGUGAAAGGGGCCCUUGGUCUCCCUGGUCAUACAGAAGCCCACAACUGGUGUGGAAGAGAAUGGGGAUGAGAAAGGCUAAUUGAUCAGGGCUGCUUAUCUUUCCACACUUCAAGACCAUCAAGGUUACCUUCUUUUCAGGCAAAUUCUAGAUCUCUUCAGCUUAGACCCACUAUGGGAGGGCAGGAAGCUUGGCCUUUUAGGGACUUCAUGGAGGUAGAAAAGGGCACAAGUGAGGGGACUCUGUUCCAAGACUCAAAAACUAUUUGCUUUCUUAAAAUAGCAAACCCAGAGCCCUCUGUCUUUUUCUCUAAGGAGCUAAAAUGCAUUUUCUCUGCUGCAUCCUCAGCUUUCCAGGGGAGCAGGAUCAUUUGGUUUGGUAAGAGAAAAAAGGAGGGCGGGAACCCGGGAAACUCCUCCCGUCUCCCGCCCCCGCAUCCUGGCCUCUGGCCCUGUGUGCAAAGCAGGCCCUGACCUACUUGUCUUACUCCUGCUGCUUCUUCCCGCUCGGCCUCCUGCCCCUUCUCGGACCCCUUCAGAUCCUGCCCAACUCCACGGCUUGGGAACUCCUCCACCGUCCCGUAGAAGGACAGCACUUCUUCCACCUCCCACACAUCCUAGCUAGGCAGGACCAGUCAAAGAGUAUCCCACUCAGGGACCCCCUUUUUUUCCCCUGGGAAUCAGCGUUUCCGCCUCCGGGGCGGAGACUCCUCCCCUCAUCGUCCCAAUUGUAUUCCUUGGAAGAGCAGCCGGAAAAGCCUCCGCCUGCUCAAAGCAGGGUAAGCGAGAAGCUGGUUCUCCCCGCUCCUUGAGCCGCAGGAACCGCCCGGCGGUCCGCACCACUUGGGCCCCGCUCCCGGCAGGCGCGGACGGCGCGGGCGCGGCUUCAGCACCAGGGACAGCGCCCCGCCCGCGGCCCUCCCGCCAGCGGCGCGCUCCGGCCGGUGUAGGCAAGGCAGCAAGCUAUGCCCGCGGCAUGGCCCGGCGCUCCAGCCCCAUGGCGCUGCUCCUUAGCUUCGUCUUCCUCGGGCUGUGCUCAGGGGUGUGGGGUACAGAUACAGAGGAGCGGCUGGUGGAGCAUCUUCUGGAUCCUUCCCGCUACAAUAAGCUUAUCCGCCCAGCCACCAAUGGCUCUGAGCUGGUGACAGUACAACUUAUGGUAUCACUGGCCCAGCUCAUCAGUGUGCAUGAGCGGGAGCAGAUCAUGACUACCAAUGUCUGGCUGACCCAGGAGUGGGAGGAUUAUCGCCUCACUUGGAAGCCUGAGGAGUUCGACAAUAUGAAGAAAGUUCGGCUCCCUUCCAAACACAUCUGGCUCCCAGAUGUGGUCCUGUACAACAAUGCUGAUGGCAUGUACGAGGUGUCCUUCUAUUCCAACGCCGUGGUCUCCUAUGAUGGCAGCAUCUUCUGGCUGCCCCCGGCCAUCUACAAGAGUGCGUGCAAGAUUGAAGUAAAGCACUUCCCGUUUGACCAGCAGAACUGCACCAUGAAGUUCCGCUCAUGGACGUACGACCGCACUGAGAUCGACCUGGUGCUCAAGAGUGAUGUGGCCAGCCUGGACGACUUCACGCCCAGUGGUGAGUGGGACAUUGUGGCGCUGCCUGGCCGGCGCAACGAGAACCCUGACGACUCCACGUACGUGGACAUCACGUAUGACUUCAUCAUUCGCCGCAAGCCGCUCUUCUACACCAUCAAUCUCAUCAUCCCCUGCGUGCUGAUCACCUCGCUGGCCAUCCUCGUCUUCUACCUGCCUUCCGACUGUGGUGAGAAGAUGACGCUGUGCAUCUCCGUGCUGCUGGCGCUCACGGUCUUCCUGCUGCUCAUCUCCAAGAUCGUGCCUCCCACCUCCCUUGAUGUGCCACUCGUCGGCAAGUAUCUCAUGUUCACCAUGGUACUUGUCACCUUCUCCAUCGUCACCAGCGUGUGCGUGCUCAACGUGCACCACCGCUCGCCCACCACACACACCAUGGCGCCCUGGGUGAAGGUCGUCUUCCUGGAGAAGCUGCCCACGCUGCUCUUCAUGCAGCAGCCGCGCCACCACUGCGCCCGCCAGCGCCUGCGCCUGCGGCGUCGCCAGCGUGAGCGUGAGGGUGCUGGCGCCUUCCUCUUCCGAGAAGCCCCCGGGGCCGACUCCUGCACGUGCUUUGUCAACCGUGCGUCGGUCCAGGGCUUGGCAGGGGCCUUCGGGGCCGAGCCUGCCCCUGCGGCUGGCCUGGGGCGCUCGGGGGGCCUGUGUAGCUGUGGCCUCCGGGAGGCGGUGGACGGCGUGCGCUUCAUUGCGGACCACAUGCGGAGCGAGGACGAAGACCAGAGCGAUGCGAAGGAGAAAGGUGGAGAAAGGGAGGUCAGAAUUCCCAGCCACAAAGGAAACCCACAAGCACAGACGCCUGAGAGGACACGUUGGGGUUUGGUGAGUGAGGACUGGAAGUACGUCGCCAUGGUGAUCGACCGCCUGUUCCUCUGGAUCUUUGUCUUUGUCUGUGUCUUUGGCACCAUCGGCAUGUUCCUGCAGCCUCUCUUCCAGAACUACACCACCAGCACCUUCCUCCACCCGGACCACUCGGCUCCCAGCUCCAAGUGAGGCCGUCCCCAUCUCCAUGCUCCUGCGCCCCUUGCCCUCUGUCGUACGGUAGUGUUGGGCGGAGGAUGGGCGAGCGUGCUGCUGUGAAGAGGGGCACUGCCCCUGCAGGUCCAUCCUUUCACUCCCUCCUCCCCACACCUCCACCACACACGGCCAGCACGGACCUGGAGGUUUUGGCUGCUCUCCUUCUCUUGCACCUGCCCAGGCAGUAGUGUUGACAGUAGGGGAUGAAGGCUGAGAAGUGGAGGACAGAGAUGUCAGAGCCUUCCACCCAGAGGAGAGUGACGGGGAUGGAGCCAAGCAGGGGACAGAACCAUCUGCUGCCUCCUAGUCAUGGGGGAAGGGGAGUACGGGAGGAGGGUGGGAGGACACAAUGGCAGCUGAGAAGGGAGGAGCCAGAGGGAGGCCUGGGCAUGACCUGACAUCUGCCCCUGCUUGAGUGGACAGCAGCUGGGCUGGGUGGGCCCCUGCCCAGAGGGCUCAGCCUGGCCCUGUGGACAGACUCCUGGGGAGGCUUUCCGCUCAACCCCACAGGCCGCUGCUUCUAAGGGAUCCAGAGCCCAGUCCCAGGUCCCCUUCUGCCUGAUGAAGAAUUCUCUGCACCUCCUAGACUUCCCUCUUCCUCCUGUGUCACUCGGGCUCAGGGUGUGGUGGGCAAGGCUGGGUGUUAGGGGAGCCUCUAAGUUCUGAGCCUUUGGGUAGCUGCUUGGAGUCUGAGGUCCAGACACUUGAACUGAGUGCGAAGUGCAAGUUCACAGGCUUUUGGAGGUGAAAAAACCUUUUACAGUCAUGCAGUCCAACAUGAGCCAUGUUCCAGAUGAAGAGACCCGGAAGGUGAGACAAGCCCGCAUGGGUCUCUGACCCUUCCUCCCUGCCCUGAGAUCCAUCUGUCCAGUGUCUUGUUUUUCCCCAUUUUGAACUGACUGGUUGCUUGAAGGAAGUAAACCUAGGCUGUUAGCUUUAAGCAGACCCAGCCUUUUGCCCACAGCAAAGCUGGGCAGGACAGGAGAGCCGGCCGUAGAGGCCAGCCAAGCAGGGGCGAAUGGCCAGAACUCUGCUACACCGCACUGCUCGAUUCGGUCCUUAUUUGUAGCUCCAUCUGGCUCUCACUCCCAACCACACCUGAUCGGGUCUGAAGCAGACCUUUGGAAGGACAGGUCUGCUGUUGCCAGUGACCACUGAGAAAGCACAGCUUCAGCUUCCCGUCCUGUGGGUCCCUAGAGGCUGUGUCCUGACACUGCUCCAGGGGCCGGCUAGAGGCCACCUGGCCUGUUAGCCCAGGAGACAGACCUCUGAAGGGAUCUCCUGCCCCGUCCCCUUCCCUGCCAUAUGACUGGCUCUGAUUUGUGGUCCCAGACUGUGCUCAGUGCUGAGCCAGCAAAUGGCAGGUCACAGAGGGGUCAGUCUGCCAAGUGCACCCAAGGGACCUGGCCCCACACAAGCUAUUCUGUUCCCUGGAGCCCAGCUGGGACUCCUGCUUCUCUAGGUGGAGUGGAGGUGGAAGGAGACAGCCCAGGCAGAGAGCACUGAGUAGGGAUCCCAAAGUUUGAGUUCUCGUCCCAGCUCUGCUACUGGCAGAGCCAUCUCAAGCAAGUCCCUUUGCCUGCCAGGCCUCAGCCUCCUUGUCUAUGAAAUGGGGAUAGUAAUGCUCUCUGCAUGGGUUUGCUGUGAGGAUGAAGCGAUGCUUGUGAAAAACUAGCACUGUACCUGGCACAGAAUAGAUGCUUCACGAAUGUUGA